AUGCAGGAGGAAGCGGACGAGAUCCGGCGACUGCAGGACGCCCGCAAUGCAAGCGCCACCAAGGACAAGGUCGCUGUCGGCAAGCUAGGUGGUUACGAUCAGGAGAUCUACGGAGGCAACAAGCGAAGCGAUUAUGUUCGUGAGCUAUCCAUGGACAGCAACAGCGACGACAGCGGCUCGGACAAUGAAGGCGGUUCCUCGAAUGGAAAGAGGUCGAAUCCCCUCGAUGAAUAUUCGGCCCCACAGCACCUCCUGCACGAGUUUGCAAAUCACGAUGAGGAUCCCCUUAAAGCGCGAGCCGAGUCAAGGCAGAUCGCUGCUCGCCAAAGUGACUACCAUCUGCGACGAUUCAACCGUGAGCUUGUAGACGGCAAGGCAGUCGAUCCUUUUGCAGAGAACGGCCAGGCUGACGGGGCGGAAGAAGAGAGCUACAAGGAUCGCAUGAGGAGAGCCGAGCUGGAAAGGGAAGAGGAGCGCGUACGUCGCCUCAUCGAAGCUAAGGAAAAGGAGCAGAAGGAGAAGAAAGCCGAGAGAGGAGGUCAACAAGAUGAGUGGGAUAUCAAGCCAUCUUCGUCCACAGAGAAGCCCGAGGGCGACCGCACACCAAAGGCGAAGCGCAAGCGAAGAUGGGACGUGGCAGCUCCCACCGAGACGCUCGAAGCAAAGUCGGAAUACAAUGGAUUCGCUACAACAGAGACUCCUGCCGAGCCAGCCCCGCGCAAGAGAAGAUCUCGUUGGGAUGAGACGCCAGCGGAAGCCGACGCUGUUGCUGUCGCAGCAGAUUCGGUCGAGCUCAAAUCAGUAGCCAAGCGAUCACGCUGGGAUCAAGCUCCUACCAACGAAGAUAUCAAUCAGGUCGCCGACCAGUUCGCAUCUGCCCCUGAAAACGGAACUUCUUUGGCAGCGCCACUUGCAACCGACCCUCGCAAUCGAUAUAUGACGGAUGAGGAGCUCGAUUCCAUUCUGCCAUCCGAAGGUUACAUGAUCGUCGAACCACCACCCGACUAUGCUCCCGUCCGCACACCAGCUCAAAAGCUCAUGACAAGUCCCGCUCCCGAGAACGGCGGUGGCUUUAUGUUGCAAGAGGAAGGGGCCACUCGCGCUGUGCUCGAAGAGAUGAUCCCGGAUCUUCCUACCGACAUACCCGGCGUCGGUCAGCUCGCUUUCUUCAAAACCGAGGAUCAAACUUACUUCAAAAAGAUUCUGAACGAACAGGAUGAAGCCACCCUCAGCGUCGAAGAGCAGAAGGAGCGCAAGAUCAUGAGGCUUCUUCUCAAGAUCAAGAACGGAACACCAGCAACGAGGAAGACGGCGCUCCGUCAGAUCACUGAUCGUGCUCGCGAUUUCGGACCCGGCCCCCUCUUUGACAAGAUCCUGCCUCUGCUCAUGGAGCGUACUUUGGAGGACCAAGAGCGUCACUUGCUCGUCAAAGUCAUUGACCGCAUUCUUUACAAGCUCGAUGACCUCGUCCGUCCGUAUGUUGGUCGCAUCCUCGUCGUCAUCGAGCCUCUGCUCAUCGAUGAAGACUAUUAUGCACGUGUCGAGGGGCGAGAAAUCAUCAGCAAUCUCUCCAAGGCAGCUGGACUUGCACAUAUGAUCAGCACCAUGCGACCCGACAUCGACCAUGUUGAUGAGUAUGUUCGCAACACAACUGCGCGUGCUUUCUCCGUCGUCGCAUCAGCACUCGGCAUUCCUGCUCUCCUACCCUUCCUCAAGGCUGUCUGUCGAUCCAAAAAGAGUUGGCAAGCUCGACACACAGGCAUUCGCAUCGUACAGCAGAUCGCUAUCAUGAUGGGUUGCGCCAUCUUGCCUCACCUCAAGAGUCUUGUGGACUGCGUCGAAAAGGGUCUCGAAGACGAGCAGCAAAAGGUCAAGACCAUGACGGCGCUGUCGCUGGCUGCACUUGCCGAGGCAGCCGCGCCAUACGGUAUCGAAAGUUUUGAGAACGUGCUCAAGCCACUCUGGAUCGGCAUCCGACAACAUCGCGGCAAAGGUCUCGCAGCUUUUCUCAAAGCCAUUGGCUUCAUCAUUCCGCUGAUGGACUCCGACAGCACGCUCUAUUUCGUCAAGGAAGUGACCCCUACCCUCAUCCGAGAGUUUCAGAGCGCCGACGAGGAAAUGAAGAAGAUUGUACUCAAGGUGGUCAAACAAUGUGCUGCUACCGACGGUGUCACAAGCGCGUUUUUGCGGGACGAGAUGCUUCCCGAGUACUUCAAGAACUUCUGGGUACGAAGGAUGGCCUUGGAUCGUCGCAACUACAAGCAAGUCGUCGAGACCACCGUUGAGCUUGCUAACAAGGUGGGCGUGGCUGAAGUGGUCUCGCGUAUUGUCAACGAGCUCAAAGACGAGAACGAGCCUUUUCGCAAGAUGGUGAUGGAGACCAUCCAGAAGGUGGUUUCCAACUUGGGUGCCGCCGAUGUCGACGAGCGUCUCGAGGUGCAACUAGUCGAUGGACUCAUCUAUGCUUUCCAAGAGCAGACCGUCGAAGACCAAGUCAUGCUGGAGGGUGUAGGCACUGUUGUCAACGCACUCGGCAUGCACGUCAAGCCUUACCUCACACAGAUCGUUUCCACCAUCUUGUGGCGUCUCAACAACAAGAGCGCCAAGACACGACAGCAGGCCGCAGACCUCACAACCAAGUUGGCGCUCGUGAUCAAGCAGUGCGGCGAAGAUGCUCUCCUCGCUAAGCUUGGUGUCGUUUUGUUCGAGCAGCUCGGUGAAGAGUUUCCCGAGGCCCUUGCUUCGAUCAUCAGCGCCGAGACCGCGAUUGCCAAUGUGGUCGGUAUGACGCAGAUGAGCCCGCCCAUCAAGGAUCUGCUUCCACGCAUGACACCAAUCCUGCGCAAUAGACACGAAAAGGUGCAGGAAGCCAGCAUCAACCUCAUUGGUCGGAUCGCCGACAACGGCGCCGAGUUUGUCAGCCCACGCGAGUGGAUGCGUAUAUGCUUCGAGCUGCUCGACUUGCUCAAGGCACACAAGAAGGCGAUCCGAAGAGCCGCAGUCAACAGCUUCGGCUACAUCGCACGAGCCAUUGGUCCUUCCGAUGUGCUUCAAGUGCUUUUGACCAACCUCCGAGUUCAAGAGCGUCAAUCGCGUGUCUGCUCUACGGUCGCUAUCGCCAUUGUCGCCGAGACCUGUGGUCCAUUCACCACCAUCCCCGCCAUCCUCAAUGAAUACCGUACACCGGAGCUGAACGUACGCAACGGCUGUCUCAAAGCUCUCAGCUUCGUGUUUGAGUACAUCGGCGAGAUGAGCAAAGACUAUGUCUACUCGGUUGUCAGCUGUCUCGAAGACGCCCUCACAGACCGCGACCACGUUCAUCGACAGACGGCUGCCAGCAUCGUUCACCAUCUUGCGCUCGGCACAUUUGGCUUGGGCCACGAGGAGAGCAUGCAGCAUCUGCUCAAUUUGAUUUGGCCCAAUAUCUUUGAGACGAGUCCGCACGUGCUCGGUUCUGUCAUGGCGGCCAUCGAGAGUCUCGAAGUAUCACUCGGACCAGGGGUGCUUCUCAAUCACACACUUCAGGGUCUCUUCCAUCCCGCACGAAAGGUUCGAGAGGUGUAUGUCCGCAUCUACAACUCGACCUACCUCCGCUCGCAAGAUGCGAUGGUCGCCUACUAUCCUGAUUUCUCUGAGUUCUCGGACGAGCGCAACGACUACCGUAGGCACGAGCUUUACACCUUCCUGUGA